AUUUGAACGAGGAACAACCAUCGUCAUUUUAACUCCCAGAAUUUCGACAAUUUCACAGAGGGGAAGUGAUCUUUGAACUUCAGCAAGAUAAAAUAAUAACCCCUAUUGAUUACUCAAGAUUUGUGCACCUCUUGAAAAGCAGAAAUUUGAAACCUUAUACGGUUCACGUGAGUUUUAGUGGUGGCCGAAUCUACACGCUGCUUUUUCUACCGCGAUUCGAAUGGCAAUAACUUCGAGCUUGAACACACGUUUUGUCGCCUGCUACAUUUGAGCUGAUAAAAAAGAAUUUAUGUCCAGUCAAAACUUUUCAAAGUGAGAUAUUUUUUGCUACGAAAUUUAUUGAGGAUGCAUGGGAAGACGGCACGAUUUUUACGGUAUAAUUUGGCAACUGGAUGAGUGAUGGAGACGAACUACGAUGGAAGCGAGGAAGAACAGAUAUUUUAUGAUACAGUUAGGGAAUAUGUGGUAAGCAAUGAACAGGCUUUUAUCAUAUUUUUAAUUCUUUGCUGUACAAAUUGAGCUCAAACGCCAAAGGUCAGUAAAAGGGUAAUCGUUUGGUGAUGAAAAUAUGCAUUGCUAAUUAAUUUUUUUAUGGCAUGUUUUUCACCAACUUAGCUUAUUUGUACGUUUGAGCUUAUAGAGGGUAAACUAACGUAGAUCGGAGUUAAUUAAGCUUAUUAGUUCUUACUUUAAAUCACUUUAAAUCAGUGAUUGUAAUAAUAACACAUUUACACAUAAUUAAUUACGCAACUGUCCUUGGUGUGCACUGUUGCACAGCAAGAUAAUCUAAAAUGUAAACAAGUUGAUUUGAUUGAUGCCUGCAUAUGUUACCUCAGCCUUGACAAAACCCUAUGUCAAUAGGGUUUUGUUGUAGUAUAUUAUUUUGUUGUUGGUAUAGAUUGUUUUCGUAUAAAUUACCCGUAAACUACCACAGAUGCUUUUGGGGAGUUUGUUAAGCACAAACAAGGUUUUACAAUCCUGGUUCCAGAGGUCCAUUCUCAAAAUACCUAUUUUGAAGUAAACUGUGCUUAUGGUUUGAUAAGGCUCCCGAGAUGGACCUCUGGUCACACAAGCAAGCAACCUCAUUUCCAUGCAAGAAAUCAGUUCAGAAUCUGAACUGGGUCACCGAUUGGAUACUCCCACAUCCGCAGGGAAUUAAACAAAGGGGGGGUACUGCCAUAUAUGGACUCUAUAGGUAUGUGCCGCUGUGAAGGGUAUGGUUUUCAAGCAGUUUACUCUAGGAUAGUGUAUAUAAAUCAGAGCGUUUGGGUCUAGAAUAGGGUAUCAUUUUUCAGGAAACCGAUCAGGUGGUUGAAGAUUUUAUCUAGACUAGGGAAACAGCUACUCUAGGAUAGGGGGGAUUUGGGGCGUUUACUCUAGUAUAGGGUAGCAAAAUUCAGCUGAACUAGCUCUAGUAUAGGUUAAGGGUUCUAGGGCCCCAGCGGCACAUCCCCACCCAGAAAUUCCUAAAGUACCCACCCCCCCCCCCCCGGGAAUUAAUGCUGUAACAGUGAACUUGAUUGGCUGCAUUGAAGAACUUCACUUCAUGAGAUUAAAAACUGGUUGCAAUGUUCAUAACAAACAGAAUAAUCCAGGGUUGUAAUUCAGAGAUCUUGGCUUUCAUGUUUCCUUUUGGAGGUGUGGCUAAGCAAUCUCUAGCUAAACUUCAAAGUAAUAAGUGAACAUCCGACAACUAAAUCAAUGUUUCUCAAGGAAGAAGCUUUGUUUGAAUUUUUCCUACCAAAGGAGGUACUGCGAAUGAAUAUGAUGAUUUCCUGCUAUGCUUGGUCUCGCUGGGCUCAGUUCUGCAGUGUUGUUUACAUGAAGUUGAAUUCUCAAAGAUAGUACCCUGGGUGCAAAAGAUUUUUUCUUUUUUUCCUAAUUCCUGAUGGUUUGCGGUGUGUUUUAUUUGCUAAGAAAAUGCAGCACAAUGAUGUUUUGUUUGCCAUAGCACAUGUUUUUUUUUUUUUUUUCGUGCACAUGAAGUAAAAUUGAAAACGAAAACAGUAUGUUGACUUAUUUUUCGCGUAUGACAGAAUGACAGAUGGAAGUAAGGCAUUUAAAAUACAUAUGUUAUAGAGUCCACAAUUCACACAUGGUCUGAAGUAGUAUUUUAAAACCAUUUUCAGUUGUCUGCGCAGAUCAUUCCGUGGCAUGAGUUCUAAAUGUUUCUUGACUGGGAAACCGAAAAAACACGGCUGACAUGAUACAUGUAUUUUAUACUGACCAGGGAGAUAGGCUGAUAUUUUGUACAUUAAGUAAAGAUGAACUGGGUUUGUGCUAGGUGGAGUUAUCGGUUAGAGGGACAAUCCCAUGAUGAAUGUAGGGUGGCAGGUAUUCAGUCUCUUCAAUCAAGUAGCCGAUGAACGGCUAAAAUCCGUUUCUCCUUGUGGAAAAUGUCUUAGUCCUCUUUUUUUCCCACAAGUGGACUAAUUAAAUUAGUAGGAUCUUAUGUAAAUAUCGCUGAGUUUAUCGACAUUAUUUGUUGCUGCUUUGAGUGUAAAACAAUCCACCAUGGUGUUUGGGAAAUUCUUUGCCUUUUUUUAGCCACCAAAAACAAAAGCUACUGCAUCUACAAGUGUUUGAAAGGAUAGAAAAGAUCAUAUAUCAUACACAUAAGGGAAAAUUUUCUUUUUGAACAAAUUCAAUAAUUCUGUUUGAAAUGCUUCACCAUGGUGAACCAAUCGUUCUUAAAGUCUACCCUUGUAGAAUCAGACACUAUGUAGAAUCUAUGCAAAUGCUAUGUCACAAAGCUAUGUAAAACCUAUGUUAAUCAGUCAUACAUUGCUUUAACCAGAUCCUAUGUUGUUUCUAUACCAGGACUAUGUUUUUUGUAUCGAAAAUGCUAUGUUUUCGCUAGUCAAACGGAACCUACUUAAAAGCUAUGCAGUUUUUAAAGGUAGGAAUAAAGGAAGAAAUGACAUAGUUUCCACAUAGCCUAUACAUACAGUUUACUUAGCUUGUGGAAAGAGAUUUUAGACUUCAUAGUCAACCUCAUAGAAAAAUCAUAGAAAAUAAAUAGCCUUCACAUAGGACUGAAAUAGAGUUUACAUAGUAAAAUGUAAUAGGGAACAGUUGACUAAAUAGCUUUUGAAUAGGGUUUGCUUAGAAUUUAGAUAGCCUAGAAAUAGUAAAAACAUAUGAAAAACAUAACCUUUUUAAAGGUGACAUAUACUUUGCAUAGCAUUAAAAUAGGGAAAACACAGAACAAAUAGUCUUUGCAUAGGUUUGAAAUAGGAUUUUAAUAGUAUUUGAAUAGGUAAAACAUAUCACAUACACAGGCUUUAACUAGAGUUCAAACAGAAAUUACAUAGAAUUGACAUAGUCUCUUAUGUAUGUAGGUUUCGAUCUGGAUGUUACUAAAACGGGGAACGGGGAGCGGGGAGCGGGGAACGGGGAACGGAAGUCUGGGAACGAGUUGUCAGCGGAAACCUCCAUAAAAAUCCAAUAUGGCCGAUGAUCGAUGAUAGAGAACCGUCGAAACAAACUUAACCGAUAACGGCGUUACUUUACUUGAACUAUAUGCUCAUGAGGUGCUUGAAAUAAUACGGAGGUAAUAACUUCAUGACGUUUUUCACCUUUUUGCGUUUUACUAAACAAUUAUCCGUAGGAAACAAAAUGUGCUCCAACAGCAGUUGAAAGAAGCCAAUCGGGACAAAAACUCUCAAAGCACAUGUACAGCCAUAUUUGGAACUCAAGCGAAUCUAUACUGAGUCUAGCCCACAAUAGACUGCAAAACAGUCCGUAUUUUUGCGUAUUCAAGUACGCGCGAGCAGUCAAACAAAAGGUCUGGAAUGAGGCUGAAAACAGAGAGCGAGACUGGGGAGAGACGCUAAAAAUACGGGCUGUCCGUUUUGCAUACGUUAUAUUCGUUCGAAUUACCCGCUUCUCCCAGCCACGGGCAAUUCCCAUUGGCUAAAUUUCCAUGCAAGCUGUCACCAAGCUGUCAAGUAAUGUUUUCAACAAGUCAUUCACGUUGUUCCAUACCGUGAUGAAUUGCUAAAGCUUUCUCUAUAAAAUGACAGAUGUUGAUCGCCUGGAUUUGCUCGCAAGAAUUGGGAUUUGUUUUAAAAUCGGAGCAGAGGGAAGCUUUGGAGUUGCUACUUAAGGGAAAGGAUGUUUUCUGUGUUCUACCAACAGGAUUUGACAAAAGCCUUAUUUAUCGGAUGUUUGUUCAUGCAAAGGGUUCUUCAAGUUCCGUGCAACCGCCGACCGUCAUUGUUAUCUCGCCUGGCUAGGUAGGAAACACACGACUUUUACCUCAUGGAAACAUGCCGCUUGUUCCAAUGAAUUAUUUUCUCUGUCGAGUAGAUUAUGCUUUGGAGAAAAACGUUUUGACUGAGCAAAUGUGAAUUUUGGUCGCUUAUUAAAUAUAUUUCAUACUGAGAGGUCGUGACACGCGUAUUGAUUUUCUCUGGUAGGCAUGAUUUGCCCUCUGACGCAAGAGCAUUUUCUUUCUUGGCCCCUUUAGAAAUGUAAAGCUCUUCAUUGCGGCUGAUUAAGGGUUUUAGGUUGUUUUAUUUCUUCAAAGUGCCUCCUGGAUUUGAAUAAUUUUAAGCGAUUUUCUUUGUGUCCGUGAAUGUGACUUUUUCCUGCAAUGUUUUGUCACGCUGGGCCUAGCUCGUUAGCGUUUUUGGCAGGAUUUUAAAUUCUCACAGAUAGUAAUUUACAGAGCUAAAUCACCAAGACCUGGUUUGGAAUGAGGGGAUUUACUCAUUCUUUUCAAUCGCAAUAAUUGUUCAUUGUCAGUUGGCGUGUUCAGUUCUUCUCUAAUUUGCGAAAGCAUCGCCGUGCAGUUUCCCGGGGCAGUUUCUAACCGUUGUUCCGCACGGAGAGCAAACUGCUGUUGUGGAGAAAGAUUCUCCUUCCUCGAGGACAACGAAAAGUUCGUUUUUCAGUAGGUCGGCCCACUUUGGUAACGUUUCCCCUUUUCUGGUAGGCGCAACAAACGCAUUUUCCGAGCUUAUCCAUCCAUUCGUAAAAUUGCCGAACUGUGUUUUGAAACAACAGCCGCAUUCUACAAUUUGUCCAAAGCCCUCGGCUCUUUCGCCUUUCUCCCUCUUCGAGGAGCAGGCACAGGCUUUGUUGUCGUACUGCCACUUUCGCUCAUUUUUGAUCCUCCACUAUAUAUACUACAUUUCAAUAUAUACACUACAUUUCACAGGGAAGCAACGCUAUUAAAAUACUGGAUUACAGCGUCAAUAAUAACACGCGAGUCUAUCAAAUUCACAAAGAGGGCGGAGUUGCGAACAGAUUUUUGAUAGCUCGACGACAUUUUUGAACCCCCUGGUCGGAACGAACUCAUUGUAUGGAAAACGGACAGUCGGUUUUUUUUCUCUCGCCUCACACACCCUACGGGCGUGUGAGGCUCGCGCGCUUCGCGCGCGUAAGACUCUUACGCCACGCUUUACCGAUUUCUUUACUGAUUUUGAGAAAAAAACCGACUGUUUUGCAGUCUAAGCCCACAAAGCAAUUAACUACUUUUCCAUGAUAGAUAACAUACAUCGAAGUAGUCAAGUAGCUUGUGUGCAAACUUCUUCUAUUUCCUUUGAUAGAGAUGACUGCUUUGAAAAAUGUUAUUGACCACGUCAUCACAUAAUUAGUAAGACUACUUUAACAAGGUGGUUCUGCUUUUAAUAUUAUUAGAUCUACUACACUGCAAGCAUUCAUGAUAUUGAAGUGUUUCACUGAUCCAUGAAAAUAAAAUAAUAUCAUUUUAUUAUUUUGUGAAACAAUUUGUUUCAGGUCAGUUUGCCCAGUAUAGACCAGUAUAAUGACCCUAAUGGAACCUAAUUCACUCAUUUUCCUCACCCUAAUCAGUAACUGCUUCAAAGUCGUACAGUGGCCAUUUGUCUUUCUGCGAAAUACCCCUGACGACCCUAGUUUUCCUGAAUCAAAACCAUUGGAUGGCAUUGAAUGCAACAUUCUCCCUCACUGCAGAUCCUCAAUUAACCCCCCGCCCCCCUAAGAAUGAGAUCCCAAACCCCUCCCUUUUGAAGAAAAUUGUCGUAAAAUAAUCAAAGUACCUCUUCAUGGGCACGAAACCUUUGGUGCAAUUUAUACCAUACAAUAUCGCUGUAUCAAGUACUGUUCUCGGUGCAGGAGGAGGGGGUACUAUAAUGACCUAAACAGAGCCUGAAGCCUUUUUCAGGCUUCAGGUACAUGAAAGGGAAGGGGUUUUUAUAGUUGAAGUAUAUGAAAGGGACCAAAAUGAGAUCAGUCACAGAUGCAUUUUAUGGAUGUGAGAGACAAGAAAACCUGUUUUUGUAAAGAUGGUGUAUUUACAGCAGUUAAAAAGGGAUGCAGCGUUCAAAAUUAGGUAUGUGAAAGGGGUACCAUUUGUCACUAGAGGGUAUACAAAAGGGGUACCUUUUCUGUCUAAAAUGGUACAUAUAAAGGGUAAAGGGUUGGUCCCUGGGGCAGAGCCUCUUUGGUGAGUACUCCCCCCCCCUCCCUCUGGGUUACUGUUACUCUAGUCUGAUUCUUCUCUUUAAUUUCUUUGAUACUGUGCUUCAUUAAAUGAAUUAAAAUUCAUUUAAAAGCUUCUUGCCCCUUUUUUGAAACCCCGAUAUGUUAAAAGAAAUUAUGUCCCCUGGAGGGGAAAUAAAAUCAGGGAAAAUGGGUAGCAAGAUCUAUUGUGUUAUUUUACAUGCAUUGAGUAAGCGUAAUGUGGAAACUAUACACAUACAGUUGUUGCUGCGUGUUUACUGAAGAACAUAUCGGCACUCCAAUCUUUUGCCUCCCAUCACUUGUGUGAGACCUUAGACUCUUUAUUUCCAAAACUACAGACAGCUUGCUUGAAGGCUUAUCAACCACCUUCUAAUAAGCUGCCAGCCUCUGCAACAUUGAUGAUGUGAUGCUUGAUGGUAGGUGUACUGCAAUAUUACUGAAUCAAGCUAAUAAAGCGGCUUGACAAUAUUAACUGGUUUAAGUCACUGACACAUUCAGUUUUACACUGAGCUUGAAAUAUUUUUCUCCACAGUAAAAAUAAUGUUCAUUAAAGAGAAGCAGAGCUCCCCUCUGCAAAAACAUUAAAGGAGUGCCCCUAGAAAAAAAAUAAGCAUCCAGAGGGCUAAACAGAGGAAGUAUACUUACCAUGCAUAUUUUAACAGCUAGCCUUUAGAAAGUACCUUCCAACCAAAGACUUCAAAGUACUUCCCCCACGUAUACUUGCAACACUUAAUAUUGCAGCUCAGUUGUGGUUCACUUUUAUCCUAAGUUUGAAUUUUAUUCUCUUUGUUUUGAACUCAUAAUCAUAAAAUUCAUAUUACCGUACCCCCAAACAAAGGGAAGCAAAAUUUAAACCUAGGUUAUAAUUAAAUAAAACCACAACAUAGCCAUUUGCUUUGAAACAACUGAUAUCUUUAAGACCAAGGUAUGAUUGAUGUUCCUGGCACAUUCCCCGUUAAUAUGUUUAAAGUUGCCUUUUAUUGAUGUAUUAAAUAACCUGAUCCAUCUUAUCUUUUCAAAUAAUACAAUUGCACUUACUUCUCAUCAUAGGUUUGUAAAUAUAAUAUUAUUAGACUUACAGUUUUAUCUCAUCGCCAACAUGUUUUAAUUUGGGCUUGAAAAAACGCUACAGCUAAGAAGGAGCUCCACUGCUACACUAUUACUGUCGAGGAAAUACACCUGGCUGCUUCGAUCUACGUUAUCUUUCAGCAUGUAUUUAAGCCAAAACCCUACGAAAAGCGUCAAGGAAAAGUAGUUCAUUGCUUUGUGAGUUAGACCCAGUAUAGAUUCGCUUGAGUUCCAAAUAUGGCUGUGCUUUGAGAGUUUUUGUCCCGACUGUAGCUUCGUUCAACUGCUGUUGGAGCAUAUUUUGUUGUUUAGUAAAACGCAAAAAGGUGAAAAAUGUCAUGACAUUAUUACCUCCGUAUUAUUUCAAGCACCUCAUGAGCAUAUAGUUCAUUAGUAAAAUAGCGACCUUAAGUGUUGUUUCGACGCUUCUCUAUCAUCGAUCUUACCGGGUCCUUGAUGCUUACCGGCCAUUUUGGAUUUUUAUGGAGGUUUCCGCUGACAACUCGUUCCCAGACUUCCGUUCCCCGUUCCCCGCUCCCCGCUCCCCGUUCCCCGUUUUAGUAACAUCCGUUUCGAUCUGCUUAAGCAAAUGUAGUGUUUAAAAUACGUUCGUAAAAAUCGCCAAAAUAGUAAAAAUAGUAUAAACAUAUGAAUUAGAAUACCUUUUACAUUGGUAAGAAAUAAGUUUUGAAACGAAAAAUUGAAAACUAUGACAAUAUUAUACCACGAACACUAUAAAUAGUAACACAAAUGCAGUAUUUUCAUGGAGGUUUCAGAAUCGAAACCCCAAGUUAAAGUUUGCUUAAUUUGCUUAUCGUGUAGACUUUUCGUGUAGACUCUUCAGUGCCAUACAGUUUCCUUUUGACUGCAGCGAAUAAGUAUCUGCAAACAGAAAAGUGGAGAUUUUAAGGCAAAUGAACAUAAAAACAACCUGACGUUUUAGAAUUCAAACGAAGGAGUAUCAAAGCGUGAUCGAAGGUGACCGAUGCUUGUUCAGAUACGCGAAAAGGGGAGACAACACAGGCAAAUCGAAACUUAAUUCAGAAAAACAUCACUUACCAACAUUAGGAAUACUUGUUGUUGAAUCUGGCAGGAAAAAGACUGGAAAUUAAAGUAAAAAGCAGCGUCUUCUUGUAAAAACGCACGCUUACAGCUCGUCUUCUUUGACUUGAAAGCGCCCGCGUGGAAACAGACAAUUUUCACACCUUUUCAUUGGUUGAAAAGGCCCACGUGACGAUAAAACGCAAAAUACGCAUGUGUUGAACUCACGGGCUUCCCUGGGAACUAGCGGAAACAAAAUGGCUGACAAACACCACCGAGGACUUUUCCGAGGACUGCAGCUAGCGUUUCGCAGUUUUGACCAUGCAGUUAUAUUCGGGAGACGUCCAAAAUCAAGACGAAAGAUCGAGCCCAAUGUAAAAGAAGAAAAUGAUGCAUGGAAGUAUCAUUUCAAGGAAAGUUAAGACAGGGAUGAUGGAUGUAGCGAUUCAAUGCUUAACCAAAAUCUUCUCACUAAGAAACUAUCUGCAAACACAAAAAAAUUAUAGUACAUGAUUUUUCAGUGUUUUAGUUUAAAACACUGCUUUUUACUUUGUAAGUAUGCUUAGCCUUCUGUAAGCGCUACCAUCAACAUGCCUAGUCACUUAAAAGCUAUGUUGGAAUAUCACAUAGGAAACGCAUAGACUACAUAUAUUUUUCAUAUGAGUGACAUAGGAAAAAAUAUGUUUAUGUAAAAGCUAUGUAGCCUUUAUCUCAUGAUAAAGCUAAAUGAAAAUGUCACAUAGUGAAUACAUAGGCUGCAAAUAUGUUUCAUCACAUAGCAUAGAAUAUACAUAGCACUAUGUAAAAGCUAAGAAACCUGUUGGAAAUAAAAGUGAAGAUCGAGAUGGUAUGUAAAAGCUAUUUUACUUUAAUGCAUAGUGAAUACAUAGGAUGCUAAUCGGAAGGAAAAGCAGAACUUUCUUUUGCAUAGUAAAUACAUAGCUAUGUCAAGACUAUGAAAAGAUUUUGAAUAGUAUUUGCAUAGGUAUUCAAAAGCUAUGUGCUUUUCAAAUAGCCUAAACAUAGUUUCAACAUAGAUUUUGCAUACUUUGGACUAUGUUGUUUGGUGUGUUACAUAGUUAAUACAUAGGCAGUAAUGAAUAUAACAUAGCUGAAACAUAGUCAUACAUAGUAAACAAAUAGCAUGAGCAUAGGUUUUGCAUAUGUCUGGUUCUACAAGGGUAUGGUACUACAAUUAUUGUAGGACACAGUUGUGAAUCAUUGAGAUUUUGCGCUAAAAAGAUAGAUAGCUCGUUAAAACAAAUGAUCUUGUUUAAUAAUGUAUUUCUCUACAUAGUUGGCUCAUUUUUGUAUAUAGGACCGUUAAGAUCAUAAAAAAAGAAGAAAGUGGUUCCAUUUUCACUGACACCUCUGUGUAGUUAUUUGAGAUAAGGACCAAUUUGCGAUAUUCUCUACCAUUCUCUCCCAGGAGCUUGCAGAAAAAAACAUGUCACCGUAAAUACCAAAUCAGUUUCACUUGAUAAAAUGGCUCUAAAAAAUUUGUCUCCAUUGCCAUAUGUUUGAGCAAUUUUUCCUCCCCUUCGGUCUUGAAAUAUGCACCCCUUGUCCAAUCCCAAUGUACUCAUAGGCAGCGCCUUUUCACUGAAGUGGUUUUAGAGAAAUGUACCUUUAAAUCGUCCAUACUCAAAAGUAUGCAUAGCUGCUUUAUAAUUAUUAGUCCGACUUAACAUCUAGAACAGUGAAAACAAGAAUGCUCGUCACAUUGUUAACACUGAAGGCGGCAACGGUUACCCUUCAUACAUUUUGUUAGCUGUCCAAUCCCUACUGAGGCAAAGACAAUCCUUGUCAAAAAUCGUUGAAACAGAAGCCUUUUGUCUUAAAUUUUCUACAGAUUUCUUACAUUCACUGUUCACGCCUUUAUUCUCACUCAAAUGUGCCCCUCUCCUUCCCCAAUGUUGAGCCACACUUAUUUUGGAGCACUGAGAUGACUGCAAUACCUAAAUCAACUUCAGGGAAGGGGAAAAUCACACAAUAAUAAUUAUUGUGACGAGUAUUGUAGCUAACAUGUAGUUCACGGAAAGUGGGUCAGGCCAGUUAGCCCGGCUCACUGGGCUGGCGUACGCGACAUAAACAGGUCAUUGGAGAUGUAGUCACAUCUUCUCUCAGGUGUUCAGAGAUGGGGGAGGAAGUAACACAAAAUUGCUUCUUUAUAGUUACAUGUACCUUGUUUAAUUACUUACUCUCACAUUUUUUGGUAAAAUAUUGAUGGUGUCCUUUUUUCAUUUUUAGAUUUUCCUCCUUGUGUUUAUUAUUUUGUAUGGUAUUUCACAUGUCAUUAUCAGUACCUACAAGAGAAAGAGAGAUGAACUUGAUUCAGGUAGGAAAGAAUAAGGAAUAGCCUAUAAUUUCCUGAAAAUUUUGGUACAUUUUUUAAUCAUUCAAACCUUAAAUUUUGUUAUUUUUUAUGUCUUUGCCUUCACUAGAUGAGGAAGAUGCCUUUGUGUAUAGGAUAUCGUAAGUAUAACUAGUCUGGUAGCUAAAAGUUGAAUAUAAGGGUACUUGUUGAAGUUGUUAUUGAUAGCAAUUGCCUUGUAUAUGUUACGGACUCUAUUCCAUGUAUGAAUUAUAAAGGUAUGGAAAAAUGACCGAGUAGUGCAAAGUUUCACACUAAACAAAAUAAAAGUAGGUGUCAUUUUAAUGGUCUGAAUUACAUGUAUAAAUAGAGGAACAUGGUUAAGCCUGUUGCUCGAGCUUUGUAAAUAAUUUGCUUGGCUACACUGCAAUGCAUUAUUAUCUGCUAGACUAAUCUACAAACUGUAAGCCCUUCAAUAGCCAGUGAGAAGACAUGUAGUGUCAAUUACAAUGGGGCCAGCAGUUUCUGCUAGUGUACACCCCUAAUUUCCCCAUAUUUUUUUUGCACUGCAUAUAUUCAGGGCUCCGAAAAGGCUUGAAUUGAUCCAGCUUAUCCUCUGGGCAAGCAGCUCAUGUCUUUGUUAACCCUUUGGGUCCCAAGGGUGACCAUCAUCAAUUUUCUCCUAACAACAUCAGAAGAUCAUCAAAAGUAAAGGUUAUGAGAAUUACUAAAUUGAUUACCAAAGGGAGAAUGCUUUGAUCUUAAACUGAGUUCAGUCAACUGUUCCAAAAAGAAAUGUGUGGAGAUCAGUUUGGAGAAUUUGUUUGUGGAUCUUGGGGCUUAAAGGGGUAAUUAUUUUAUUAGAGAGUUCCUUGCCUGGACUCAAGGAGAAGUAUGACAUAGGUAAUUAUGGUGGCAAAAUUUCUGGAUCACAUCAAUAGGGAACUUAAGCUAUGAUGCUGGUGAUGACAAAGAGAACUGGAAAAAAGAAAUAGGUUUAUAUCGGCAAAACAACAACUGUGCACUCAUGCAUCACGCUUUUUGUACAUUUCUUAGCCAUCGUUGCGUGACUGCAACGAGAAACUUCCUAAUUUCACGCACUCGCUUUAUGAAGUAGGUGAGUACAAUGCCAAAAUUUUCCUUCUUUCUCUUCUUUUUCUAAACUUAGACACACUCCUUUUGGAUUUAACUCCAGAAAAUUUUGCCAACAUUUGACAUAUUAAAUGAAUUUAAUUAAGAUCGAUGAAGUUUGAAACAGUGCAAAUUCACUCUAUAAGUGAUGUUUUCAGUUUGUUGUCAUCCAGAAAUUUUGCCACCAUGGCAAAAUGACAUUUACAACUUCCCCUCUCUAUAUACUUGUACGGUACUACUGGACAGGACUUUUUUUGAGCCCUGAUACAUGUAUUUUUAAAAUUUUAUGUUGUGUUACAUUUUAGGUUUUGGUUGUGUAAUUUCACCCUCACAGUGUCCUUGGGCGCGGUACUUCUCCUUCCAAUGUCUAUUUUUAGCAAUGAGAUCAUGAUUAUGUAUCCCAACAGUUACUAUAUCAAGUGGCUCAAUGGUUCUCUUAUUCAUGGUGAGUAAAGUUACAGGAUUAUGUUCCAUAAAGGAGAAUGAUUUACUUGAAAAUGUAAUUAGCAGCAGUAGACCCAAUUCACAAUACCCGCCACCUUUGCAUGAAACUUGAGCCGAAAAACCUUAUACUCUCACAGGCUAAGUACUGAUGGGAUAGAAACAAUGUGAUGUGGUUUCUCAUUGGCUAACAAGAGAUAAAUGUUGCUAAUGUGAAAAAAAUUGCAGUCAACUUUUUGGUAUUCUAGACAACAGAAAGUGGAAAACUUUUCAUCAUAAAUAUGAUAAUGGCAAAUUAUGGAUGGAAGUGAUUACUUCUUCAUUUAAUGCAGCAGUGACCAUAGUAGCCUGUGUACAGCUACCCUCUCCCCUCAGAAAAAAAAAGAGAAGGGGUGUCUGUAAUUGACUUUUACAGAUAGUGUAUCGGAAUAAUUACACAUAAAUUAAAAAUAGUUUUCACUGACCAAAAUUCGCUCCUGGCAAAGUAAAAAUGAGUUUAAAACCUUAUUUUAUCAAGUAUGAGACUUUUAAGAUGAAUUUUUCAUUCUACUGUAAUUUAAUAAGACAAUUUUCAACUGUUCCUUUAUCUUUUCUAAAACUAAAAAUGUUCUAGUCCCAUAGACAAGUCAUGUCAAAAGUUUACAUAUCUGAACUAAAUUUCUACCUUUCGCGGACAAUCGGACAUACUACGUUUUGCCACACCCAGAUAAAUUAAAAAUGGUUUCAGCUAACAUACAUGUAGUUUUCUAUCAGAUCUACCACUAACAGCCAAUCAGAUCUCUUUCCAUACAUUCCGAGAAAAAUCACGUGGUCUUCAUACAUAGGGGAAGACAUAUCACAUAUCCCAAGUGGGGAAACACAAAUCACUAGUUAUAUGUGUUUUUCAGGUGGGGGAACACAUAACACUAGGGAUAUGUGUUUCCCAGGUGGGGGAACACAUAACACUAGGGAUAUGUGUUUUCCAGGUGGGGGAACACAAAUCACUCGAGAUAUGUGUUUCCCAGGUAGUGGAACUCAAAUCACUAGUUAUAUGUGUUUUUCAGAUGGCGGAACACAUAACACUAGGGAUAUGUGUUUUGGAGGUAGGGGAACUCAAGUUACUAGGGAUAUGUGUUUCCAAGGUGGGGGAACACACAACACUAGGGAUAUGUGUUUCCCAGGUGGGGGAACACAUACCACUAGGGAUAUGUGCUUCUUAGGUGGGAGAACACAUAACACUAGGGAUAUGUGUUUUCCUAGUGGGGGAACAUAUGACACUAGGAAAAUGUUUUUCCCAGGUGGGGGAACAUAUAACACUAGGGAUAUGUGUUUCUUAGGUAGGGGAACUCAAACUAGUAGGGUUAUAUGUUUCCCAGGUAGGGGAACACAUAACACUAGGGAGAUAUGGUUCCCUGGUGGGGGAACACAUAACAGUAGGAAUAUGUGUUUCCCAGGUAGGGGAAGUCAAAUCACUAGGGGUAUGUGUUUCCCAGGUGGGGGAACACAUAACACUAGGGAUAUGUGUUUUUUAGCUGGGCGAACACAUAGCACUAGGGAUAUGUGUUUCCAAGGUGGGGGAACCCAAAUCACUAAGGAUAACUUUUUUCCAGGUGGGGAAACACAUAACACUAGGGAUAUGUGUUUCCCAUGUGGCAGAACACAUAACACUAGGGAUAUGUGUUUCCCAGGUGGGGAACACAUAACACUAGGGAUAUGUGUUUCCCAGGUAGGGGAACACAUAACACUAGGGAUAUGUGUUUUGCAUGUGGGGGAACACAUAACACUAGGAAUAUGUGUUUCCCAUGUGGGGAAACACGAAACACUACGGAUAUCUGUUUCCCAGGUGGGGGAACACAUAACACUAGGAAUAUGUGUUUCCCAGGUGGGGGAACACACAACUCUAGGGAUAGGUGUUUCCCAGGUGGGGGACCAGAAAACACUAGGAAUAUGUGUUUCUAAAGUGCGGGAACACAUAGCACUAGGGAUAUGUGUUUCUGAGGUAAGGGAAAUCAAAUCACUAGGGAUAUGUGUUUCCCAGGUACGGGAACUGAAAUCACUACUUAUGUGUGUUUUUCAGGUGGGGGAACACAUAACACUACGGAUAUGUGUUUCUCAGGUGGGGGAACACAUAACCCUAGGGAUAUGUGUUUCCCAGGUGGGGGAACACAUAUCCCUAGGGAUAUGUGUUUCCCAGGUAGGGGAACUCAAAGCAGUAUUGAUAUGUGUUUCCCAGGUAGCUGAACACAUAACCUGGUGGGGGAACACAUAACACUAGGGAUAUGUGUUUCCCAGGUUGGGGAAUAGAGAACACUAGGGAUGUUAUUAUUCUUUGCGCCUUGAUCUAAAUAGCCAAUCCCUGGAAAACCUAUGUAAUUUAAUCCUUAAAUCUAGAUCCAAAUCUUUUCUCAUUGGUACUUGGUAUAGACCUACUACUUCAUUAACAGAAAUUUUCUCUCAUUUUGAAACUUUGAUCAGUAAACUUGAUUCUGAAAAUGCCGAAUUUUUUUUAAUGAUUUCAACUGUAACUUUGCUUUGUGUCAAACCGAUAACAAUACUGUGUUACUCUCUAAUUUAUCGGAUGUCUACGGUCUUCAUCAACUUAUUAACAUCCUAACUCGAGUGACAUAUGCUUCCUCUACUUUGAUUGAUGUGGCCUUUAGAAAAUGCUUGGACAGAGUUGUUUGUUCGGUUGUAUCUCAUGUAAGCCUAUGUCACCAUAGUCUAGUUUAUGUUUUUUGUAAGGUUUCGAUUGAUCCAUCCUCCUUUAAAGGUCAUUCUACAGUAACUUAUAGGAAAUUUAAAAAUUUUAAUUCCGCUAGGUUUGGUUUCAAUAUUUCUCAGCAAAACUGGGACAGUGUAAACAACUAUGAAGACUCUAAUGAUAUGUGGAAAGCUUGGAAAAGUCUUUUCUUUCAAUGUGUCGAUAAGGAUGCCCCGCUACGUUUCAAGCACGGGAUAUGUGUUUCCCGGGUAGGUUGCAAGCAACCAGCAAUUUUCAAGGGUUUCUGAGAAGUUGAACUUAAAGGAUUAUAAGCUUUAACGCUUAAAGUCCCAAUAGUGACCAUCAACAAUCUUUUUGUGACAAUCUCCAUAUGUUGCCAAGAGAAAUGGUCAUGAGAGUUAAUAAAAUGGUCACUAAAUAGAAAAUGCUUUUAUCUGUCUUCAAACUCUCAACUAAUUCUGUAAAGAAAUGCAUAAAGAUCAGUUUGGGUUAAAUGGGAAUGUGGAGAUGGAAUUCAAGGCUGCAGGGCCUGACUUCUGCGCCAUGCUGUCUCCUUACAAACUUAGUGAUCUGGUAUAGGGUAAGGAUUGCAGGAAUGGACUAGAAAUUAUUUAUAAGGAUUACAGUUUUUUCUGUUGCUAGAGUGCCAGCAGCUAAUAUGCUUUAGUAAACAAAAGUUCACGUAAUGAUACUAGUUACCAUGAACCUUGUUCCACUCAUGAGGACAAGUGAUAACAAAAUUAUACUUUAAUUUUCAGUCAACCUUUUUAAUUUAAAAUAUUUUUUAUUGUAGUUUUUUAUCUUUCUUACCAAUCUGUAAAUCAUUAUACCCUCUCACAAUUCUUACAUGCAGUUUAAUGAGACAGGUUGUUGCACAAUGUUAUCAACAAAGGUGGUGAUCUGGCCACUAGUUAAAAACUUGCAGCAUAAAUAGAAUUUCCAUAUCAAAAUUAUUUUAUUCUGAUGAUUGAAUUUUGAAUAAUAAUUAUAAUAAUAAUAAUUGUUUUAUUACACAGGGAUGUGGAAUCAGAUAUUCCUAGGCUCCUACAUGUCACUUUUUGUUGCCAUUCCAUUUGCCUAUUUUUUCACGGAGUCAGAAGGAUUUGCAGGAUCAAGAAAGGUAAAUUUGCUUAACAUACAACUAGUAUCUGUUACCCCUUCCUGCUUCUUCAGACGGCCCUAUCUAUCUAACAUUCCUCAAUCUACCCUCACAGUUACUAAAUUAAUGAGUACAUCAAGGGCGUGUCUCUGUAAGAACUGACCAGUGAUUUUGGAUUGAAAAAUUAAUUUCCGUUAUAUUCUGGGAUAUUAAAGCCUCUACCUAAGUAAUUCGAAAUAUAUAUUUUUAAGAAUUUUUGAAUUUUCAGCCUGUUAGCACCUGCGCCAUAGCCUUUGAAACUGCAGAAAGUGCCAACAUUGUUGGAGCUAUAGAUAACAAACAACUGCCUCAAGUAGUAGUAGUUGCAGUUUCAAAGACUAUGGUGCGGGUGCCAGCUGGCCGAAAAUUCAAAAAUUCCUAAAAAUAUAUAUUUCGCAUUUUCGGUGAAACGUAAUGCAUUUUUAUAACUACUUAGGUAGAGGCUUUAAUUUCCCGGAAAAUUAGGGAAAUUAAUUUUUCUUAAAAAGUAGAGUGUACACCAACGGUAUGAUGUACUACCAUUACCUUCGCUAAUAGUGAUAUCAACGAUAUUAAUGUGCGGCUUAAUUAUGAUCUGAAUAAGGUCUUUUUAGUAGGUUUUAGCUUUUUAUAUUUUGGGUUUUAUUACUAAAUUUUUAUAUAUUUAUUGAGUUGUUUUUAAAAUUGAAUAAUAUUAUAACAUAGCUGUAAUUAUUACAGAUUUUAUUUAUACACCUUCGUAUUUUGAAUUUUCUAGCUCUUCGAUGUAACGUGUCAAAAUAUAUGAUUGAUUGAUUGAUGAACUUAACAUCAUAUAAUUAAAGAAAUACAGCAAAAUGAACUCGCAGUGCCACUUAUCCAUACUGAAACCUUCAAAAAGAGUUUCAGUUAUUCUUGGAGUGGUAUUGUGGAACGGUUUACUGGUCGGGAUCUUUUAAGGCAAGCCUCAUCACUGACAAGUUUCAAAUCAAGUUCUCGUUGCCACAAUUUCCCAAAGUAAAGAAGGUUUUCUUACGUGGUGCCCUUUGAAAUCAGGAAGUUUUCUUUUUUCCCGUUUGUGUUCAUUUUAACUAGAUUAAUUUGUAUAUUCUAUUGUACUGUGCAUAGUAUCAUUAGUUGCUUUUUUCUUUCUUUCUUGCUAUUUCUUUUUGAUUGCCUGAAGGACUUUACCAUGUCUAAGUAAAGUUCUCUUAUCUCAGUUAUUCAAAAAAUAUGGAAAUACCCCCACCAAUGACCACUCCCCCAACCCCCUCCCCCCCGAAGAAACAAAGGAACAAAAAAAUAGAGUUCUUCACGGGGCUUUAUUGUUUAGUUGAAUUGUUUCUUUUGUUGUUCCGUGCCUUAGUACCUACAUGAAGGAACCAAUAUUUCUUUGUCUUGCAGGGAAUUAUGGCACGAGUGUACGAGACAUUUGUGGUGCUAAUAUUGUUAGCAGUCCUAGUAACAAGCAUUGUAUGGGUAGGCUUAGCUCUGGUUGACAGGGGACGCACAUCUGAUGAAGGCAAGCAAUGCAAUCUUAUGUUUGACUUAAGAUGCAUUAGAUUAGAUUAGUGGAAACCAGGGAGAAUUUGACAACCAAUAGAGUCAAUUUACUUUUCAACAAUACUGUCGGUAACACUUAAAACAUUGCUAAGACACUUCACGUAGUGUUUUGUUGCUAAAAUGAAUUUAUGGAAAAAGCUUGUAUUUUGUGAUUUAAACAAACUUGACAAAAUUGAAUUGGAGUGAACACGCAUGCCUAUUAAAGAUAGAGGAUUUGAGGAAAUAUCACAAAUUGUCUUAAAAAUAGAAUUUGUCAUUGUUAGAAACAAGCUUAGUCUUUAUGCUAGUCAGUGGUUUCUAAGGACCUGUUUACAUGGAGGUGGGAACCCCAAUUUGGUCAGGUAACCCGCCUGUCCAUAUGAUCUCUUAUUAUAAUUUGAACAAGUUUACCUGAUAUGCGGGGUGACCCGCCACAUGUUACCUCACAUAUCUGAGGUCCGCCACUACCAUGUAAACAGGCCCUAGAGUACAUGUUAGAUUUAAACUUUUAACAUUCAAUCAGUGUGGGCACAAAGACACACACCGGCCACUUAAUGGAAGUUGUCCUCCAAUAGAGGUUCAUUAUAAAUUAGCAUAAUUUUCCACUGGCUAAGUGUAAAAAAUAAGUUGAAAAUGUUUUUCUCACACACCACUGAGAGAAUUACUGAUCGACAAUCGAUUGUCACCUUCUGUCUUGGGCUGUCUUUUUCUUCCCCAUAAUUAAUCUUUUCAAUGAAGGGAAAAUAAGGGGAAAUCAGUGCAUCAAGUGCUUGAUGGCCCUUUAAUAGUGUUAACACAGCCAACAAUGACAACACUAGUGACAACACUGGCAACAGUGACAACAGUAAAAACAGUUACAUCGCCAAUGACAGUAAGAACAGGAAAGUUAGAACAGUGUCAACAGUGACAGCAGCGACAAGAAGGACAACAGUGACAACAGCCACAUCAUUGACAAGAGCGACAACAGUGACAACAGCGACAACACCGACAGUACCGACAACAGCGACUUUAGCGACAACAUUGACAACAACGACAAUAGCGACAAUUGUGACAAUGGCGACAAAAGUGAUGACAGGGACAACAGAGCUGUCUUUUUCUUCCCCAUAAUUAAUCUUUUCAAUGAAGCGAAACUAAGGGGAAAUCAGUGCAUCAAGUAGUCAUCAGCAGUAACAACAGGGACAACACUAACAACACUGACAAGAGUGGCAAUAGUGUCAAAAGGGAUAAUAGGGACCAAAGAGACAACAGUGGCAACACUCACAAAAAAAGACAAUAGUGUCAAAACGGACAAUAGUGACAAAGGAGCCAUAAGUAAAAAAGAACGCAAAUGAGAAACCCUGUGAAAAACGUGAAAAUGGUGACAACAGGGACAACAGCGACAAACGUGACAGCAGCGACAACAGUGACAACAUAGAAACAACAGUGACAGCAACGACAACAGUGACAACAGUGAUAAAAGCAACAACUGUGACAAAAGCAACAACAGCGACAACAACAACAACAACAGUAACAACAACGAUAAUAGUAACAGCGGUGACAACAGCGACAACAGCGACGACAUCGACAACAGCGACAACAGUGAUGACAGUGGCAACAGUGACAACAGCCACAAAAGUGAAAAAAGUGAUGACAAUGACAACAGUGACAACAGUGAUAAUAGCGACAACAGCGACAACAGUGCAAAUAGUUGCUACAGUGACAAUGGUGACAAUGGCGACAACAGUGAUAAGAGUGACAACAGUGAUAACAGCAAGAACACUGACAAAAGUGACAACAGCGACAACAGUGAUGACAACAACAACAGCAACAAGGGUGCAAAUAGGGACAAAAGUGACAACAGUGAAAAAAGUGACGACGGUAACAACUGCAACAACAGCGACAACCGUGACAACAGCGACAAUAGCAAUGACAACGACAACAGCAACAACGGUGCAGGUAGUGACAAAAGUGACAACAGUGAAAAGAGUGAUGACAGUGACAACAAUGACAAAGGUGACAAUCGUGACAACAGAAAGAACAGUGAAGACGGCGACAACAGCGACAACAGUGACAACCGCGACAACAACGACAACAGCGAUGACAGUGAUGAAAGCGACAACAGUGACAAUGGCGACAAAAGUCGUGAGAGCAACAACAGUGACAACAGUGACAACAUUGACAAUAGCGACAAGAGUGACAACGGGGACAACAGCGACAACGAUGACAACAGUGAGAAAAGUUAGGACAUUGUCAGCAAUGACAACAGUGACAACAGCGACAACAAUAAUGACAGCGACAACAGUGACAAAAGUUAGAACAGUUUCAACAGUGACAGCAGCGACAAGAAGGACAACAGUGACAACAGGCACAUCAUUGACAAGAGCGACAACAGUGACAAUACCGACAACAGCGACUUUAGUGACAACAUUGACAACAAUGACAAUAGCGAUCACUGUGACAAUGGGGACAAAAGUGAUGACAGUGACAACAGCGACAACAGUGGCAACAAAGGCAAAAGCGACAACGGUGAUAACAGCGACAACAGUGAAAAGAGCGAGAACAGUGAGAAAAGUUAGAACAGUAUCAACAACGACAACAGUGACAGUAUCAACAACGACAACAGUGAUGGCAGUGGCAAAAGUGAUAACAGUGUCAACGGCAACAGAAGUGAGAAGAGUGACAACAGCAAGAAAAGUGACGACAGUCAUGAGUGACAACAGUGACAACAGCAAGAACACUGACAAAAGUGACAACAGCGAUAACAGUGACGACACCGACACUAACGACAACAGUGAUAACAGUAACAACAGUGACAACAGCAACAAGAACCACAACAGCAACAACAGGGACAAUAGGGCAGCAGCAGCAACAGUGACAAGAGUGACAACAGCGACAAUAUUGACUACAAUGAAAACAGUGAAAACAGGGUGCUCAGUGAGAAGAGGCAAAAGGUGGCGACAGCUGACAGUCUUCUACAAUUAUUUCAGGACUUUGAUUACUUGCUGUUUGAUAUAUAUAGGGUGGAUGCUAAAUCGUGGCUCGACAGUAAUAUUUGUGUGUAAUCUCUUACAGAGGUUUGGAUUCCUGGUCUGCCCUUUAUUUAUUCAUGCAUAUCCCUUCUUGGAGGCCUUAUGCUUUUGUGUAAGUAUCAUUAUUUGAUGUGUGAGUAUGAUUGUGAAUGAUACCAUUACUAAGUGUAAUUAAAUUAAUUUUGACGAGUGAAAUUAGAGGGAAUAAUUUCAGAUGCGUUUUGUCCAAAUCCAAAUUAUGCGGUGAGGGAAGUUUUUAGGAUUUGGACAAAAUGCGAGUGAAAUACAUGUAUUAUUUUUCCCUAAUUUCAUGAGUAUACCAUUUGAUUGCCCAAUAAUAUAAUGGGUGAUGAAUUACGUUGACAAUCGUGGAUUUUUGACCUGUUUAUCAUGGGUUUAUCGUAUUUGGCGAUCAAUAACUCCACUCUGUUAUUACAUAAGUUUAGAACUUAAAGAUAUCUUUAUUUCAGAAUUUUCAAAACUUUUCGAUAAAAUACCUGUUAGAAUAUGUCUUGAUGUGCUCUUUAAAACCUCGUCGCCAUCUUGGCACUGAGACGUAUGGAAGGUUGCCGUGGCAAUUUUGUGAUUUCACAUUUGAAAUUAUAAAUUAAUCCUAAAAAUGUUCUGCUAAAAUUACUGAGUAAUUCGUCAUGUAUGGUAUAAUAAUAAGAAGAAUAAGAAUAAUAUUUUGCUAACAAAGGAUUGAAUAUUUGGUGCUGUUUAUUUUUUUCACAGAAUUCUGGAGAGAGUGACAUUUUCUCGAUUCCUUAGCAUGAUGAUAUUUUAGACCAACAAAUAUUGAGUUCGAUUAAAAUAAUUGCCAUUGUCAUUUAAGAAAACAAAAAAAGUGAUACUCUGCUAGAUAUUUUAAACAGCGUCAACGGGCUAACUUGAUUGCCUUGAUUGGAAUGUUCAAUAAUUUUAUUCAGACACCUUAUGCACAUCAUAGACUGUUCAACGUCCCUUUAAGUUUUCUAGCUCGGAUUGUCCACAGCAAUCACCGAGUAUGCAUGAGGCAGCGUGGCCGAGUGGUUAGUGCUCUGACUGUUAGCUGGACUUCGUCAGGGUAGUCCCGAUUUCAAAUCCUCGGCCACGCUUGUAAUUAGCCAGGUGGUUUGCCUCCGGCCAGUGGGGAUUCUUAACCCUGUUGAAUUUCAUUUGAAUUAUUUAUUUCAGGCAUUUUCUCGGCUCCACUAGCAUCAGUGCUAUAAAUACUGCCGAGGAUAAAUAACGGAAUUAUUAUUAUCUUUUAUUUUAUUUUUUUUUUAUGUCAAGGUCACUGUGUUGUUUUUGUAGUAGCAUUAUUGUGUCGAUUUAAAUCCUAUUUCCCUCGUGGCUCGACCAAUAAGAAGCACUACCCUUUAUAUGGUAGUGACAGGUCAUCAGUUGGCAUUGGUCACAAAAUGUCUUCUGUUUUGCAAGCUAAGUAAUUUAUAGUGCUACCCAGAGCUUUAAACCGCUCUCUUUUUUUCUAAUUUUAGUAUGCACUCCUGUUGGCUUUGCACGGAUGUUUACGGUAUUGGGCCAAUAUGUUGUCAAACCACAGGUAAUUAAGUAGGCAUUGUACGUUAAAAAUAAUUAUUAUAUUUUAGAACAGUAAAUAGUCUUACUUUGUGGUUGACAGGUUUUGAUAAAGAGUGGUUUUGAAAUGUCAGAAGCACCUGGAACAGCCAACAAACAGCUGUCACAUGAAAGCAGCUGUUAUUAGAACAGUGAUCCUUGAGAUGUUUUUUCAAAUAAUUUAAAAUUAGAAUGAACUCAGCAAUACCAUAUUAAACUCAUCGCUAAUGAUGAGCUUGGGAGCAGGUGCCUUAAAGGUUAGUAGGGGGCCAAAUGCAAUAAGCAGAGAGGAGGUAUCCAUGGCAACCCUGGAAGCGGGAACCACCCCCAAGAGCAGCAACUAACCGGCACCGUCACACUGAAUAAAUUCAGUGGAGAUACUUACCUAAGAGAAUACUUACCUCAGAAAAUAUUUACCAAACCACCAGGCAGGGAGGGAGGAGAGGGAGCAAGAAUCCGCAAUGAUUCGCAAGUAGGCAAAAAUUGAUCCGCUACGAUCAGUAAGCAAUGCUACAGUACAAAGCAACACUAGCAAAAGGGUACACAAGGAGCCCUGCAAUUCCCCACGGGCCGCCCCGUAGGUCACAUACUGAAGUGGGAGAAGACCGCUAGCCAGCUCGCUCGAGUUUAACUUUGCCUAAAUGAUAUUUAGCCACAUUAAAAACUUCAUUGUUUAGCAUUCAUUUGAAUGGUCGCACUUGACUAUUUCAUCCAUAUAUCAUUAGGCUACAAGGGGUAACAAUGGGUUAUAGGGGAUUAAAGGAGUUGAAAAGAGGUUAGAAAGGGUUACUAGAGAUAACAAGGGAUUACUUAGGGAACCAAGUGGUUACAGGGAAUUAAAGGGAGUCACAACGGAUUACAGGGGGUUUCGAAUGUAGAAUGUAAUUUCGGGCUAUAAAUAGGGAGAAACGCUUAAUUUUCCAUGUAAGGAGUCGCCGAAGAAGUACCUGCGUCACAUUUGCGUCAUAUGUUUGUCAAAUGCGACGAAUGUGACGCACAUUAACCGCCGCUGUUCGUUUAGCGGAUUCAUGGACGGGACUAGACUGCAAAUGAGUCGUUUUUUUUCUCAAAAUUGGUUUAGCGUAGCAUAAGAAUAGCUCGAGAGUCUCACGAGCACAAAGCGCGGGAGCUGUUUUCAGCCUCGCUCCAGACCUUUUGUUUGACAGUUCGCGCGUACUUGAUUAUGCGGGGCCACUCUCCCCAUGCAUAAGCCCCCAUACUGGCGUCAUUAAGCUGGAAUAUGGGUAAAAGCAAGCCUCCUACGGAGACACCAAACAUGCUUCGAAGUUUAGCAGACACAUGGCAGUUCACAAGUGAACUGAUCUCUCUUGCCGGUCUGUGGACGGAUUCCAGGACCUACCACACAACUUGAACGACUUUUGACUUGGUAACAAAACAUUCGAUACACUAUUUUGCGGGCAGCGCUGUGUGGCCCAACACUUCAAAAUAUAGAAAAUAGGAAUAGGAAACGUUCCACGCUCACGGUAUAAGUGAAUUACCCAGAAUUCCUUUCGAGCACUAACGAGCCAAGUUAAGAUACUCUAUACCGGCUUUAAAAGCAUGUCGAGCGAAAACACCGAGGGAAAAACGUAAAACUAGAUACCAAAGUAUGGCGUUGAGGCUUGCUGCAAAUGUAGUCCUUCGAUUGUUUAAAUCAAUUUUUUGCCUAAAACUCGACGACGAACAGGUGUAAUUUUUGAAUUUUUUGUAAUUAAUGAAUUUUGGCUAAAAAAACUGGCGUUUUGGACUUUGCUGCCAAACGAACCACGAUAUCAAGUGGAAAUUAAGAGUUGAAGUUGGUUUGUUUUCUUUCAUAAUUGUAAAUCUGCCAUUUCGUGCUAUGAAUAAAUUACCAAAAGAUUGCUACGAAAGUAAAACAAGAGGCAAAUAGCUAGCGCAUGUAUAGUAUUUUUUUAAGCAAAUAUACUUUGUGACGCUUAAAAGGUUAACCCCCUUUAACCACUUGUAACCCCUUGUAACCUCUUGUAACCCUCUGUAACCCACUGUAACCAAAAAUUCCUUUUGAGUACUAACGAACCAUGUAACCCCCUGUACUCCCCUGUAUCCCCAUGUAAUAGAUCGUGAUAAUCAUCUUUUCUCAAAUCAAAAGUAGAUCGAAAAAAGUGUUUCCUGACGUUCUACAUAAAAAAGAAGCCUUUCAAUAGUAUUAGAACAUCUGUUUAUAAAAAGCAAACGUCAAAUUUGAAUUUUUCCAAACGAGUUAGUCCAUCGUUUUAGUUUCUUCAACUUUGAUUUUUAUGCAAAAGAGACCAAGAAAAAGUAUCUGGGGACGUUCUAGUUAGAAAACAAGUUUUCUGUAAUCUUUGUAACCUGCUCUAACCGCUUGUAACGCCCUGUCACCCCUUCAAACCCCUUGUAACCUCCCGUCACCCCUUGUAACCCCAUGUAUGCCCAUGUAAUAAAUCGUAAAAAUGAAUCGUGAAAAACUGAUGUUCGACGUUUUAUAUAAAAAACAAGCCUUUCUGGACCAUGAAAACAUCGCUUUCAAAAUCCACCAGAAUUUGCAUUUUUCCAAAGGUCCAUGGUUUGGGUCGAAAAUUUGAAAUUUUGUUAACGUUUCCUUUUAAGCAAAAUACACCAAGAAAAAGUAUUUGGUCACGUUCUCCUUAGAAAACAAGUCUUUUCAGACGAUAGAAACAUGGAUUUAAAAAAACGUAUAAUUGCCAUAUUUGCAAAGGGGAUAGUCCAUGAUUUUGGUCAAAAAGUUGAAGUUUUUCAUCUUUUGUGUUUAUCAACACUAAUCGAAAAAAAGUGUUUCCUGACGUUCUAGAUAGAAAUGAAGCCUUUAAAAACUAUAGGAACAUCUGUUGAUAAAAAAACGCAAAAUUUGAAUUUUUCCAAAGGGGUUAGUCCAUCGUUUUCAUCGAAAAGUUGAGAUUUCUUAAACUUUUAUGUUUAUGCAAAAUAGACCAAGAAAAAGUAUCUGGGGACAUUCUAGUAAGGAAACAAUUUUUCUGUAAUCCUUUGUAACCUGCUGUAACCCCUUGUAACCUCCUGUAAUCCAUUGUAACCCCCUGUUACCCCUUUUAAUCCCCCGUCACCUCUUGUAACCCCCUGUAUCUCCAUGUAAUAAAUCGUGACAAUGAAUCUUGAAAAAACGAUUUUCAACGUGUUAUAUAAAAUUAAAUAAAAGCCUUUCUGGACCAUGAAAACAUCACUUUGAAAAACCCACAGAAUUCGCAUUUUUCCAGAGGGGAUAGUCCAUGAUUUUGGUCAAAAAUUUGAAAUUUUGUUAACGUUUCGUUUUAUGCAAAAUACACCGCGAAAAACUAUUUGGUGACGUUCUCGUUAAAAAACAAGCCUGUUAAGACGAUUGAAACACGGAUUUAAAGAAAGGCAAAAUUGGAAUCUUUGCAAAGGGGUUAGUCCAUGAUUUUGGUCAAAAAGUUUAAGUUUUUUCAUUAUUUGUGUUUAUCAAAAAGAGAUCGAGAAAAAGUGUUUGCUGACGUUCUAGAUAGACAACAAACCUUUAAAAACUAUAAGAACGUCUGUUUAUAAAAAAAACGCAAAAUAAUUUUUUCAAAGGGGUUAGUUCAUCGUUUUCGCCCAAAAUUUGAGAUUUCUUCCACGUUGAUUUUUAUGCAAAGUAGACCAAGAAAAAGUAUCUCUGCACGUUCUAGUUAGAAAACUCUAAUCUUUUUGUAACCCCCUGUAAUCCCCCUUAACCCCCUUCUAACCUGCUGUACCCCACCCCCUGUCACCCCUUUUAACCCCUGUAUCCCCAAGUAAUAGAUCGCUAAAAUAAAUCGUGAAAAACGAUUUUCGACCUUUAAUAAAGAAAACAGUCUUUCUGGACUAUGAAAGCAUCGGUUUUAAAAACCCAUAGAAUUCGCCAAGAGGAUGUUUCUGGGGAUGUUCUAGUUAGAAAACAAGUUUUCUGUAAUCCUUUUUAACCCCCUGUAACUCAUUAACCGCUUGUAAUCCCCUGUCACAUCAGAAGUGCAAAAACCACAGAAAUUUUAUAAACAGGUUGACUUGUACUUAAAUAUUCUGGUCGAAGUGUACUUUCUUCUUAGUAGUGGAAAGACGAGAACUUUCCAUUCUUUAGGAAACAUGCCUGUGGUGAUAGUACGAUUGAAAAUACAACAAACAAAACAAGCUGUAAAGUCAGCCCACUAACGAAGAAGUUGCGCAGUAGUGAGCAUGCUUGCAGAAAGAGCAUCACCUAAACGUUCCCCCAGUAUUAGUAAUUUUAUAUAACUAUGCGCUUGUUACACUUACUGGAACUUAAGACCUGUUCAUUUUAAUCCUUAUUGUAAAUCAUAUUUCUCUCUUUUGAGGAUGGGAAUCCAUCUUGCACAUGUAGUACAACACACGACAUCUAAUUUUCAAAGAAAAGACUGUAGUGGUAAACGUGCUAAGUGUAUCAUUUUGUAGACUCCGAGCAGUCUCUAAAGUUUCUUUUGAGUCACGGUAGUUUCUUCUUACCAUUAAUAUGCAUAAUACUACUUUUUGCGGCCGGCGCACGUGUCUCUAGGGACCUUACAAUCUGACAACGGCGACGUCCAUGAAAACGUCCCUGAAAAACAGACUCCGCAUGCUUUCAAACCAUUUUGCGAUUUUUCAAAGGGAAUUUAUGUUGGAGCUGAAGAGAGGAGGCCACGCCCGAAUUCAGACAGAGAUCGUAGAAUAUAUCGCCUUGUCGUCCCGUCCUCAAAAAAGUCUUAAAAUUUGGUCACUUCACGUCGUAAUCGUGCAGGGACGGCAAAAACAAUGUACAAAAAAGCGUGAUGCAUAUGCAGAGUUGUUGUUUUGCUAACUAAACUUAUUGCCUUUUGACGCUGCCGUCGCCGUCAUUUUUUUGUAAGGUCCCUUCUGAGUAAAGAAGGGUGACGAGUCUUAUUAUUGUGGUGUUUCUUUCAGUUUCUUCGUGACCUCGAUGAUGAAAUAACUGCGAUUAAACUGGAAGAAGAGAGCCUAGAAAGGAAGAUGAAUGGUAAGAAAGAACUACAAUCCUGUACAAAAGUCCGUGGGACAGUACUUCAAUAUUUAUAUUUUUCUGUCAUUUCUCGGUUCCUUCUUAAAACAGUGCAUCCUUUUCGACAUCUUCUUGCAGUUCUCCCUCCCCGCACCCUAUCCAAAGUUGAAACUUGGAAAAAAAUUCUGGGUACACGCGUCCAACAUUUUUUGUGGGGUGAGGGGAGGGGUGGGACCUGCGUGCAUUGGAAAACGCCCCAGAAACGCAAGUGUCCUAAGACUUUUGUCCAUGAUUGUAGUAUCUUGAAGUAUUAAUUCACAUUAUGUGACCUGUAUGGGAAGAAAAUAUUUGGCAGGCACGAACGUUGGGCCAAUUUUCAUCUUGGCUUUAAGGUAACAUGGUAGUCUCUUGGUGUCGUGGACGGGUUCCAUCGCCAAAUGACGUAAUACAAAAAUUCAAGACUGUAAACAAUACCCACACCACAACACACAAGUGAGGUAACGAUGGUCAGAGGAUACCCUGUUUUGGCAGGAUUCAGUUGACCAUAAAAUGGAUGUCUAAUAUCAAGAAUAACACGGGUUACAGGGUCCCAUACUUUGUACAAAGUGUAACAUUUCACAUUGGUUUCCCCGUGGUGUGGACGGACAGGCAGACAGAGGUAGUUUCUUGGUGUUGCGGACGGGUACAAUCACCAAAUCACUUAAUACAGAAGAUUGAAGACACUGAAGAAUACCGACACCACAUAACAUAAAAGUGAAUCAACGACGGUUUCCUUAAAACCAAGGAACACCUGGUAAAAUGGUAGCCUAGAUAAUGAAAAUGAUAGCCUUGGUAGCGUGCUGACAUCUUAUAGCAUGUAAACUGUCUUUACCUAGCUUUUCAUAUUGUCUAAUGAAUUGGAGAACCUUACAGGUCGUGUUAAGUAACCAACGCUGCUGUGAUUUUUUCCAGGUUAUCACAAUGGUGUCACAAUCCAUAACGGUAUUGAUCAUAAACCAAGUAAACUAAGAGAACUGGAAGUUGAGAGGCUGGAUCUGGGUUGGUAUCGCUUUGCUUGAAAGGCUGUUAUUUCUUUGUAUACUAGAGUCUUAUUUUUUAAUUCCAUUAAACGUAACGUGCCGUGCACUUGUUUUUUUUUUGGCAGGUAAGCACUUUUCUCAAACGUUUUUGCUUUUAAUUUCAGAAAGAAGUAUCAGAGCAUCAUCCCUACAAAGAAACUGUGUCUAUCCAAUCCUUCUUCUUGCUCUUUUGCUGCUAACGGUAGUUACCGGAAUAUUUUUUUUUUUCAGUUGAGAAGUUUAAGCUUCACGUUUAUGUCAAACAGCAAACACGAUUUUGUACCACGUGACCAAGUUUCCCAUUUACUUGUCGUUUACUGUUCAUUAUUUCUACACACAAAUUAGUAGUUUCACUCAAUUUUGUAUCCAUGAGAAGUGCUUUUAUCUGCUCAUUUUCUAUUUUGAGAAAUUCUCAACUUGACUCUGACGUUUGACGUAUACGUGAAGUUUAGUCUCUCUGGUAACACAACCCUGACAGCCUUUCAUCCAACACUAGACUGACCGCACUGUGACUGGAAGUCUCAGGCAUCCCGAGUAAUUCCAGUCAUCCUAGUCAUCCCAGUCGUCUUAUAUCCCAGUCACUCUAGUAAUCCUAGUCGGCCAAAUCGUCCCUAUCAUCUGGUGCUGUCAAUUUACAAAUGAACCAACUUGUAGGGUUAGUGGCAAACGAUUGCUCUUCCCCCUUUCCUUUCUUUCAUUUUUUUGCUCUUGCUUCAACUUUCGCUCGAUGCCUCGAUGGGAAAUGCUUGCAACGUAGGCUACACUCAUCCCUAGUCUUCCCAGAGUAAUUAUCCCUGUCAUUUCAGUUAUUCUAGUCAUUCCGGCAGUCGUCCCAGUGACUUACCGCAUUUCGGUCACAACAGCCAUCCCAGUCAUUCUUGACAUCCUAAUUGUCUUAGUCAUCCCAGUGACCCAAUCACCCAUUUGAUCCAUCACAGUUUUCCAGUUUUCCCAGUAACCCGAGUCAUCCUAAUUAUUUCAAUUAUUCUGGUUCGAAUCUGAGCAGCCUUUUCUAGGGUAGGAGUGUUGCUGGGUAGGAGACAAGCACAUUGUGAUUUGACUUUGUUUUUGUAUAUCUCCAGACCAGCUGCAUGGCUAUGGUAGCGUUAAAUGUUCUUAGUUUGUUGUUUGUUCAUGGAGCCCUUCCAAAGAAAUCUACGGUAUGUGUAGCUUUGUAUUCACUUGUCUUCUUAUAAGACUCUGUACAAUUUGUCAAGUUUAGGUCGUCUUCGAUGAUUAUUGUUUAUAUGUUGGAUCGGCCUUUUUGCAGGUGAUGGUGCUGGGAAAGGUGUCCUCUUCAAUGAUGGGAACGUUUGGUGCUCUUUUGGAAAUAAUCCUAAUAUUGUAUCUUUUUUUCCGAGUAAUCCUUGCGUGAUAUACCUAAGUGCGAGUUGAUGGGGACCAUUCCGGUCACCAAUACCUUUAUUGACCAUUUCUAGGUUGCUCUUUGGACUGGGUCUGUGUUGUGUCAAAUUGCAUUAUGGUACUGUUUUUGGUGAUGACUAUAGUGGAGUGAUGACGUCACAACAAUUAAAUGUGCGGAAUUUAGGGAUAGGUUUGCAUAUUCAGGAAGAACAUUGUGAAAAAUGUCCACCUGCUAAAAGUGAACCCGUUAGUGCAAAUUAGUGGGGCAUCAAAGACAAGCUCCGUUAUGAUAUAAGCCAGUUUUAGCAGGGAUUUGUAUGGUGUCAUCUAGGCAUAACUGUUCUUAUAUCUCUAUGAUUUUUGGCAAGGUUUUUUUUUAUCAUCUUGUACUUUCUGACCAUGCCAACCAAUCCCACAAGUAGCCCAAGUUAGAGUAGGCACUUCUCUUCUGUAUUGAACCAAGUUUUCGCACAACAUUCUAUUAGUUAAUGAAACAAGUGGUAGCGUCCCGAAACAGUACAGUUUACACAAUACUGACCCAUUGCACGAUUUCAAUUAUGCGAAUAGAAGUUACUGUUUUGUUUAAUUCUCAAUCUCUGUGACAAGCAGAAGUGCUUUCUCUACCUUGGGCGAGUCGUCCUGCCCGAAAAUUGACUUGCAAGCAUUAUUAGGUAAAUUAUCUUGCCAUUUUUUUGUAUUCUUAACACGCAACUCGACAGAGAACCAACGUUGUCAUGUUGGAGUACAUGCUCCAGUCUGUAAUUUUCUUUAUAUCAUCUUUCUACGAGUUGUAUAUCGUUACUCUCCGUACAAGCAUUGUUUUUGUUAUUCAGUUACAUAAGGACCUAAACAAAAGCAUCUUAUUUCUCAAAUUACAAGUGCUUCUGGUUACACAUUAAUUUCAAUGGUGGCGUCGGUCGGAGUAUCGCUAUUUUGAGAAAACCCUAUAGAAAAGCAUUCCUUAACAUUUUUUGAGCUACUUGAUGAUAGCGUCCUUGGUAGGUCUGUACAGCGUUCCAUACUUUAAGCGUAUGCGACCUGUGGUUCGCGAAACUACCACUACAAAGGUGAGUUAAGUUACCAAUAAGUUGCUCUUUAUCGGUUUACAUGGCACGUCGCAAAGCUUCAUUUUGACAUCUGCGUAGUUAUUCACGAUACAAAUAUACGACAUGAUAAAGAUUCGCCACUAGAAAAGUUUCAUGGAGCCGAGGUUCUCGUAGCUUGGAUACCGGGUGCAUUUAGCGGAGCGUGAAGCGGAAGAGGUGUCUCCCGUUUCACGCUUGGCUUAAUAACCAAGUUUCAUUACUAGGGUGGGAUAUUUAGCAGUUACUGAAUGAGGCUGUAGAGGACGUGACGAAUUUUGCCGAUCGAGGAGGAUGUUGUUGGCCGAGAGGGAUAACAGCCUCGCGAUAUCUGCAUAAUUGCAAAUCAUACGAAAACGGAAUAGGCCAUAUCCGAGUUCCCCCGGGCAUCUGUUUCAAAACGAGGGUAGGUGCUCGUUUUCACAAGAAAGUUUGUGCACCUAGCCUCAUUUUGAAAGUGAGGGUUUUUGGAACUCGGAAGUGGCCUAUUCAAUAGUUGUUUUAUUAUUCAUUAAAAGUUCCUGAAGAAGCUUACUUUGUAGGUUUUCUGUUUAACUUCAUCUUAUUUCUCGGCUCGGUUUUUUUUAUUUAAGACUAUAAUUAUUUUUUCACUAAAACUGUCUCCUGUUGUGUGUUGCAAAGGAUGACCCUGCGAUGGAAUUCCGUCCAGGUGGAGUACCAAUACUCCUAGACAUGCUUCGUGCUGCGGAAACCGGUAUAAGCUCCGGCCGUGUGGGCCUUUGGCUCGUGUGCGCCUUUACCUUUUACCGCUUUUUUUUUUUCAAUUAGGUUAUCGCCAAUUGCAUCGUUCUCCUAAUACUCAGUUCAGCUUUACCCGUUCUGUCUAGGACUCUCGGUAAGUCAUUGGUACACGUGAACAGACUUAUUAAUCCAUGCUCUUGUCUCCAGUCUCUGUUGGGAAGGGUUAAUCCACCGAAGCCUUACCUUCCGACUGACACGAUAUAUGGAAAAUUAAACGUCGACUUAGUGUCUGUCCCACAGCUUUUCUGGUUUGUUCGUCCUACUAAAACAGUGACCUCUCGUCCGACCUUUGUCCCCUCUUGAAUGAGAAAUAAUUGAUUGCAGUCCUGCCCACCUCCAUUUUAUCACAAAAAUUUUUUCUGGCACCUAUUCAUCUACCGUAAUUCAGUAGACACGUGGAGGGCGAAGAACACGUCAAGAAACCACAGUUAAGCUGAUAGAGAGGCUGAGAGGGUCCUUGCUCUUCGCGAUUGUACGGAAAAGGUACAGUAGUGUAUGCUAUUGGAGGUCAGAUUGUUUAUUUCGUGAUGCACGUAUGUUAUAUUUCAGGAAUUACCAAGUUUGACUUGUUGGGCGAGUUCGGUCGGCUUGACUGGCUUGGCAACUUUCGCGUGGUUAUCCUGUAUAACUUAGUGUUUGAAGUUUCAACUGCUUUCUGUUUGGUAAACAAGUUCACUGCUUCUGUCAGAAACGCUUUAUAUGAGCAGGUACACGUUCCAACGGUGCAGUUCUUUAGGCGGCUCAGACCCAAGGCGAAGGCUUCUGUAUGAGUGUUCGGUUACCUAAAGGACGGUAAAAGAAACAAGGAUCUUUUGAGGUUUAAAGGUGACUUCCGGUCAAUUACAUGCAACUUUAGAGGUUGAACUGUUUGGGUAACCCAAGUGUGGCCUCACUUAUCAAGUUGACUACUCGAAACUAAACAUUGUGCUGUGGUUGUUUCGAUUAACUGGAUACCUCGUCUUAAGUCAGU